AGUGAUAUUUAUAGAUGGUAGAAAAAGGAAGUUGGAAGUUCGAGUUCGUCGAGCUCAAAAAGUAUUAAAAAAUUCUCGACUGUAAGUGCGAAGUGUUUUGUGAUAGAAAUGGCAAAAACCUACGAUUAUUUAUUCAAGUUACUAUUAAUCGGUGAUUCAGGGGUAGGAAAAACUUGUAUUCUGUUUAGAUUUUCCGAAGACGCUUUCAAUACAACUUUUAUAUCGACAAUAGGUAUCGAUUUUAAAAUCAGAACUAUAGAUUUAGACGGGAAAAAAAUUAAAUUGCAAAUAUGGGAUACGGCAGGUCAAGAGAGAUUUCGAACAAUAACAACAGCCUACUAUCGCGGAGCAAUGGGUAUAAUGUUAGUUUACGACAUAACGAACGAAAAGAGUUUCGAAAACAUAAAGAACUGGAUUAGAAAUAUCGAGGAGAACGCUUCGGCGGACGUGGAGAAAAUGCUGUUAGGCAACAAAUGCGAGUUGGAGGAGAAAAGGCAGGUGUCCAAAGAAAGGGGCGAGCAACUUGCCAUAGAGUAUGGUAUUAAAUUCAUAGAGACAAGUGCCAAGGCGAGCAUUCGGGUGGAAGAGGCGUUUUUUACAUUAGCUAGAGACAUUAAGGCGAAAAUGGAAAAGAAAUUGGAAGCCAGCAAUCCCCCGAGAGGCGGUCAUCAAAUCCGAGCGUCGGAACCGCAGAAGAAGCCGACCAGCUGGCUCUCCAGGUGCACCAUCCUCUGACCAAUUCUACCUAUCAUCCGAAAAAUUUCACACGCGCCUAUCGUCUUAUUGAAAACAUCGUACACCCGCAAAAUUUGCGAGGUGUGUUCGUAAGUGCAAAUUUGGAAAUUUGGAACGUCUUUCGGGUUAUUUCUGUUCGUUUUAUUUUUUUUCCUUCCUUUUUUUUUUGUUUUAAUUCUAAGGACGCUUAAAAACUGAUUGAAGAAUACUCCUGAAGAGUUAUAAAAAAAUCUUGACGACUGUGGUAAUAGUUUUAUACGCACUGUGAAGGUUGUUUAGUUGAGAAAAGUUUCGAUUCUGCAACUCUUUUGUAUUUCAAUGUAAUGUUUCGUUUAAGCGGGACAUUUUGUAAUGUAAUGUAUUAGGCGUGUCGGUUGAUUUCUUAUAUUUUUGUGAUUAAGGGUACUUUUUUACCGCUACAUGUAUAGGGAUAUUUAUAUUUAUGCACAUUUUCCUUUAAAAAUAUCCGAAACUAAAUGUGUUGUGAAAAAUAGAAUAAUUCUGUUCAUAUUUAGACAAUUACUAUCGGCUCGAUUUUCUUUUAUAUCCGGAUGAUUAAUUUGCUUAUAAAAUUAAACGAUACAGAAUACAAUAAAUUAUAUUAUAAAUUUUUGGUAAUAAUUCUAUUUUUCAAUCACCCGUCAGAACCAGUUACGUGCUGAAAGCACGAAAUCAUUUAGCCUUUGUGACCAAUAGUCUUUACUUUAUUGUAAAUAAAAAAAGUACUUUUGGACGGUGAUUACUUUCAUUUUUUUAGUUAUAUUUAUAGAUAAAUGCAUGGUCAAUUAAAAAUGUUUAUUUUUUUAAGGGCACUAAUUAAACUUACUAUUCGAGGAUUGUUUAUUAAGUUCCUAGACUAGCCAGUUUAUUUGCAAACGAACGUUUUAUGGAUUUAAUUAGAAUUUUCUCAAGUCUAGAUGCUUAUCAAACACUCCUUUUUCGUAGUGGAUAUUCGAAAAUAUUUACGAGCGAUUUGUACUGAAAGCAUCCAAAUGAAAUGUUUAAAUAAACCCAGAAAAUUAUUUUUUCGAUUAAUCUUCUGUAAAAAGUAAUAAAAUUCUAACGAGAGUAAAAAAGUUAUUCGGAUGCAUUCGGUAUGCGCCUUUUUACAAUUAACAUUCCGAACUAUUUUUGAGGCCAGCUCGUUUAUUUUGAAAAUCCACGAAAUUGUUACUCACGAUAUUCGGUAUACGUGAAUUCACCAGACCAAUCAUUUCGAUUUAACGGCUUUUAGUUUAAAUUAUUUGUUAAUUUGUAUACGCUGAAAAUUAGAUUUUGUACAUUUAUAUAUUUAAAAGAAGACACAAAACAGAAAUUUUAUCCGAUUUAUUAUUAUAAUGCCCCUUAAUAUACUUUUCAUAAAACAUGUAAAUAAAUUAUACGAAUAUUU